ACUCAAAAAUGACCUGUUCAUAAAUGACAUAAUAACGUUGUUGAUAUAUCACGUGUGUGAUGAGCAUUUGAUUUUUACAAACAAUUUUGAAAUUUAUAUCAAAAAAAAAAUGACUCAAAAACAAAAUAUGGUGGAAGAUGAAAAUGAUAAUCGUGAAGAAUUCAUAUUGAUACGUGCACCGAAAACGAUUGAUCCAUCUACGUUGAAUGGACCGAAAAUCUAUCUAAAUCGAACAGAUGAUUGUCGACCGAAUGUUAUUCGAUCAUCAUCAUCAUGUAUUGAUGAUAAUAAUCAAACUUAUGGAUACAAUUUUACAGCAAUCGAUGGUAAUGAUCUGCCAUUUUAUUAUUCAAUGAAUAAAAUUCAACCGGAAAAAUCCGGCGACAAUGCAUGCUAUCGUAUGGAUCGAGAUUCUCGUUUAAAAGGUUGUCUAAAUUUUUAUAAACAAUCAUCAUCAUCGUCGAAUCAAGAAUCGAAUGAAUGUGAAUUACAGCCACUUGAUUCAUCCACUUGCGAUGGUCCAAACGAUCCAGUUGAAAUGAUUAUCCAUCGAAAUAAAAGAAAAUCAACGAUGACAAUAACAACAACAAUCACUGAAUCGAAACAAGUGAGAAAAAAAUCAAAAUUAAAAUCGAAAUAGAAAAAAAUUUAAA